CUAUCAACAGCACAAUGACUGAGAAACAAUUUCAAAGAUUGGCUGAUGAUACGAUGACACAGUUGACGGAUAUUUUCGAUGAGAUAGUGGAGGAUGUAGAGGGCAAAGACGGCGAGGAUCUAGAUGUUACAUAUGGGAAUGGAGUCUUAACGGUCGAUCUUGGUAAUUUCGGCACUUACGUAAUCAACAAGCAAACACCAAAUAAACAAAUCUGGCUUUCAUCACCUAUUUGUGGACCAAAAAGAUAUGACUUCGACGAAGAAGCAAAGGAAUGGAGUUAUUCACAUGAUGGUGUAUCCAUCAAUGAAGUUCUGAGUAAAGAACUCUCUGAUUGGGCGUGCAAACCUAUCGAAGUGUCUUUGGAUAUAGACAUUUAAAGCGGGACCGUUGUUACAGCCCUGUAUGUGUCAUUUCCGCAUACAUUUUUCGAGGCUGUGGUUUUAGAAUCUCGUCAGUGGACGCGUGAUGUGAUACGUUGAAUUGGACUCUGGCAUAGUCUCUAUUCAAUGUGUGCCAUCAAACUCUUGUAUGCGCAAGCGGUUACUUGUGAAUAAAGUAAUUUAGAAUGUACAAAACGGCA